CUGUAAGAUCUCAUGAAUUGAAGAAAUCGGGAAAUGCACAGUGGGUCGGUUGACAUCUGGAAGAGAGAAGAGGAGUUCGUAUUUCAGGGCAGGAAGCUCUCUGCUCGAUGGUCAUGUCUUUCCUGAUGCUGUUGAAUGGACUUGUCUCUGCUUACAUUUUAAGAGAUCGAGUUGAAGACCCAGGGUCUGAUGCCUAUGGUCCUCCAAAAAUCAUUGCACCGACUGGAACAACUGUCAAUGCUGAGCUGGGAAAGUCGCUGAAGCUAACCUGCCAGGCAAUUACUGGCUAUCCUGACAAAUUCUCCACAAUCAUUUACUGGUUGGCAAACCAGGAGUUCAUCGAGGAUGUAUUUGAAAACAGCAGGGUGAAAGAAGGACAGGAGAUAUUUGUGACUGAAAAUGGAAAAACUCUUAUCCAGAAAUAUUUGGAGUUCACCGAAAUCAGACCUGGAGAUUUCAAGAUUAACUUCACGUGUGCUGUGCUGAAUCCCACUGGCAGUUCAGUGAAAACCAUUACAUUAGCAGAGAUGCAAGUUGGAGGUUUAAUUACAAGCAAACAACUUGGGAGAAGAAGCAAAGUUCAAUGAUGCAAGCUUUAACUCAAAGGCUGUAUUUUGCAUUGCUAUGAUCAACUAGCUAAAGAAACAAGGAGAUGUCCCAAGAAACAACAGCCCAGGACAUUUAUUGCCAAGCACACAAUCAUACAGUCUAUGAAUAUUAAAUAGAAAACAAGGACACAAUACGUUUUGCUUCAUUCUAGCAUUUUUUCCCCUUUUUUGGACAGACAGUACUUAAUGACUCAUUGCUUAACAGCUCAUGCUUAAAACACCCUCACCUACAAUUUGGGACACCGUGGGCUCAAGUCUCUGUCUGGGGGCUUGAGCACUGUGAAUUGGCCUCAUGCUCACAGUGCAAUUCUGAGGGUGACUGCAUUGUCACAGCUGGCAUCUUUCACCUAGAAAGUUCCCUCAACUUCUACUGCCACAGCAAAGGAGUGUUUUGCAAGGCAUGCUGACUGCUAUUUAUGCGUUAACCAAUUUCACACAGAGACCAUCUUACUGUGAAAUCUUGCUGUGCAAAUCCCAAGCUGCAACAGCAGCCAUGUUUCAAAAGUAAUUGAUUAUCUCUUAACUACUUUGGGAUGUCACAUGGUUGUGAAAAUGAGCUACAGAAAUCUGAGUCUUGUUUCCUUUGAAAGGGGUGCUGUUGGAAAUCAAAUGUGUUGCCGGUACAACACUAACAUAGUCACCUGGAACCUGCAAGCUUCGAAAAGACACAAAAAUAUGGAUCACAAAACAACCUACGGCUUAAAAAACAUGCAGUUUUGAAUAUUAAUCUGAAUAAAUCAUGCUAUAAAUUUG